AUGGCUAGAGCAAGAAAGGGUGCACUGAUCCAAUGUGAUCCAUCUAUCAAAGCACUCAUAUUGCAAAUCGACGCAAAGAUGAGCGAUAUAGUACUGGAGGAGUUAGAUGACACCCAUCUUUUAGUAGAUCCAUCGAAAGUAGAAUUUGUUAAACAUGAACUAAAUAGAUUAUUAUCUAAGAAUAUAUAUAAUCCAAUGGAUGAAGAAGAAAAUCAAUAA